CGAUGUUAUGACGUUACAGCUAACGUGGGUGGAGCCUUGACUGACGUCGGAAGAAGACUCCGGAAGUGUGGAUCUGCAUCUUUGAAGCCGACACUAAAAUUACUGCCCCGUCUCUUCCAAAGUCGGAUACUGAUAGAAGAUUCAAUGAAAUCGAAGGUCGCCAGCCUGGAUUAAUGAAACUGAAGAUGCCUCUUCAACCGCCAGAUCCAAAAUUUGAUCUUAGAGGUAUAGGUGCAGAAGUGAAUUGCUUGCACUUUAGUUGCACAGCCCCGGCUCCAUGCCCCCCACUUCUCUUUUCUGGGGUUGCCAGCGGACUGAUUCAUGUGUGGAAUAUUAAUACCCGUAGAGUGAUAACCAUGCUAGAUGGUCAUGAUAAAAAAUCUGUUUACUGGACUCAAACACUUUGCAACAAGGAUUCUCUUCUAAGCCAGGGAAGAGAUCUUCAGAUCUGUACGUGGAACUUAUCAGAAGGAAGGAAUGAAGUGAUAGAUUCUAUCCCUACGGAGAGCUUUGGAUUCUGUAAAUGUUCCUUGUUAAACACUGACCCUUUACUCUUGGCAAUGCCAGGUAAAGAGAGCUCACAGGUUCAAGUUUUGGAUCUGCUGUCCAAGAAGACUGUGAGUUCAAUGAAUCCUAAUGCAAAUAACAGAUGGGGAAUGGCUAUGGCCAUGCAUUUAUGGAAGCCCGAGUCCGGUUCUAGUCCAAUGCUUCUCGUUGGCUAUGAAAAUGGGUCAGUGGCCCUUUGGAAUGUCUUGGAACACAGGCUGGUCAGCCACAUCACUUGCCACACGGAUCCCAUUAUGAGUCUUGACUUUGACUGCAGGCAUUCCAGAGGGGUUUCAGGAUCUGCAGAAAAUGUACUAAGUGUAUGGAACAUUGAUGAACAGCAGAACCUUAAGGUUUACAAAACUCAGGUGAUCGUCAAUCCAGGAAUAGCUGAUAUUGCCCUACGUCCAGAUAGAAAGAUCUUGGCUACAGCAGGCUGGGACAACCGAAUCCGAAUAUUUGGUUGGAAGACUAUGAAGCCUUUAGCUGUCCUACAGUAUCACAAGGCAACUGUGCAUUCGGUGUCAUUUUCAGACCACAUCAGUCCUGAAGACAGACUGCUCGCUGCUGGUUCUAAAGACCAACGCAUCAGUGUAUGGUCAAUAUAUUAGCAAACUUGAAAAAAAUGGCGCACGAUUUGAAGGGAUCUUCAGAAAACUAUGCUUAAUGAAUACAACAAGAACACCUGAACAUCUGCCUUAUAUUUAACAACCACCUGUUUUUUAUGGCUUCAAUUUAGCAAUGCUAAAAACAAAGAAAUUGCCACAUUGGUAAACUAAUUAAAUUA